UCACGUGACCUCCCUGCGCGUUCGGGGAUUUAGCUCUGACCGUUGGAGAAUUUGUAACCACAGAAAGAUGGCUGUGACUGGUGUGUUACCGUUCGUGCGAGGAAUUGAUUUUUCUGGAAAUGAUUUUCAGGAAGAUUAUUUUCCUAAAGCUGUGGCUGAAAUGACUGGUCUAAGAUGGCUGAAAUUGAAUAAAACAAAUAUUGACUGGAUCCCUGAUGAAUUGAGUAAUUUGCAGAAGCUGGAAGCAUUGUCUUUAGUCCGUAACAAUUUGGUUACCAUUCAUGGGGAAGUGCCAACAUUACCUUGCCUUCGAUAUGUAAAUUGCCGCUAUAACAAAUUGAAGAAUUCUGGUAUUCCAACCAAUAUUUUUGAUCUUGAAGAUCUAGUUGUUGUGGAUUUCAGCCACAAUAAUCUGAAAGAAGUUCCACGUGAUUUAGAUCAUGCAAAAGGGCUCUUAGUCUUGAAUCUGAGUUAUAAUUCAAUUGAAAAUGUGCCUAAUCAGCUGUUUGUGAACCUCACUGAUUUAUUGCAUCUGGAUUUAAGUAACAAUAAAUUAGAAUCCCUCCCACCUCAGAUGCGAAGGCUUGUAAAUUUGCAAACUUUAAAAUUAAACAAUAAUCCAUUAGGUCAUAAUCAACUGAGACAACUUCCUGCUCUUGUUGCAUUACAAACUUUACACAUGGCCAAUACACAAAGAAGUAUAUCAAACAUCCCUUCAUCAUUAGAUGGACUGAAUAAUUUGCAGGAUGUGGAUUUAUCCCAAAAUAACUUGCCCCGUGUGCCAGAUGCUUUGUAUUCCCUUUCCAAUCUAAAAAGGCUCAACUUAAGUGAAAACUGCAUCAUUGAUAUUUCUUCAGAUGUUGGAGAUCUGUGGAAAAAUCUCGAAACACUAAACCUUUCUAGAAAUAAAUUGAAAGCACUUCCUGCUACCAUAUGCAAAUUAUCAAAAUUAAGAAGGCUUUAUAUAAAUGAUAAUCAGUUUGAUUUUGAUGGUAUUCCAUCUGGCAUAGGGAAAUUAUAUAGUUUAGAAGUUUUCAUGGCUUCCAAUAACAAUCUAGAAAUGAUUCCUGAAGGAGUUGUUAGGUGUGGCAGACUGAAGAAGCUUGUUCUGGCUAAUAACCGUCUAAUAACUUUGCCAGAAGCUAUACAUCUUCUUACAGAUCUGGAAGUUUUAGAUCUACAUGGUAAUCCUGAUUUAAUUAUGCCCCCAAAGCCAGCAGAAUUACAGCUUGGUAGUGGUUCUGAGUAUUAUAAUAUUGACUUUUCACUCAGUACCCAACUGCGCUUAGCUGGAGCUACCACAAAUAAUCCUGUAACAGCACCAGCUCACAGCAAAGAUCCAAUAGCCCGUAAGCAAAGGUUAAGGAGAAAAAAAGAUGAUGAAGUUGAUAGUGAACAAGCAAAAGUUUUGAAAGGAAUGAGUGACCUAGCUAAAGAUAAAAACAAAGAUUUAACAUUGGAUGAUAAAAAUGUCUCUCUGAAGCCUAAAAGAUGGGAUGAAACUUUGGAAAAACCACCACUUGAUUACAGUGACUUUUUUGAUGAUGAAGUUGGGCAAAUACCAGGUUUAUCUUGCUGGGAAAUAGAAAAUUUUCUUCCAAAUCAAAUUGAUGAAGCUCUUAUUGGAAAAUUUUAUGAAGGAGAUUGUUACAUAAUUCUCAAAACUAUGAUUGAUGAAAAUCAAAGUUUAGAUUGGCAAAUAUUUUAUUGGAUAGGAUCACAAGCAACUCUAGACAAAAAGGCUUGUGCUGCUAUUCAUGCUGUCAAUUUAAGAAAUUUUUUGGGAGCCCAAUGCCGUACUAUCCGUGAAGAGCAAGGUGAAGAAAGUGAUGAGUUCUUAGACUUAUUUGAAUCAGAAAUAGUGUAUAUUGAAGGAGGAAGAACUGCUAGUGGUUUUUUCACUAUAGAGGAAGUGGAGUAUAUAUCAAGAUUGUACAGAUUGGAAACCAACAACAGAAUACUACACAUAGAAUCGGUAAAAUGAGAAUUCAAUAAAUUUUCACUUGAAUUCUUAGAUCCUCGAUAUGUAUUACUUGAUGCUGGGAAGAAAUUUUCAUUUGGUAUGGAAAAAAAUCAAAAAAAUACUGUUCAAUCUAAAGCAAGGCUAUUAGCUGAAAAAAUGAACAAAAAUGAAAGAAAAAAUGUAUCAGAAAUCAUUACCUUCUUUCAAGGACAAGAAACGUCUGAUUUCUUGAAGUUACUUGGUAUUGAAGAUAUAAGCUCAGUUUCACCUCCUACUGAAAGUUCUGAAGAUACUUUUAUUUUAGUUCGUCCAGUAUUAUAUCAAGUGGGUCUUGGAAUGGGGUAUCUAGAAUUACCACAAGUUGAAAUUAAACAGAACAGGCUGGAGAAAUCUCUCUUGGAUACUAAGAAUGUGUAUAUUCUGGAUUGCUCAACUGAUGUUUUUGUUUGGUUAGGGCAAAAGUCUACUCGCUUAGUUCGGGCUGCUGCUUUAAAGUUAUCUCAAGAAUUAUGUAGUAUGAUCAAAAGACCUCAACAUGCUAUUGUGAAUCGAGUAUUAGAGGGUACUGAACCUCAGAUUUUUAAAUCAAAGUUUUAUGGUUGGGAUGAUGUCAUUGCAGUAGAUUUCACUAGAACAGCUCAGUCUGUAGCUAGGACAGGAGCAGAUUUAAAGAAAUGGAUGAGUAAACAAGAAACUAAAGCAGAUUUGUCGGCAUUAUUCAUGAAUAGACAGCCACCUAUGAGUAAAGAAGAAGCAAAAACUCUGAUGGAUGAAUGGAAUGAAGAUUUAGAAGCAAUGGAAUCAUUUGUAUUAGAAGGGAAAAAAUUUGUUAGAUUACCAGAAGAAGAAAUUGGACAUUUCUAUAGUGAAGAUUGCUAUGUUUUCCUUUGUCGUUACUGGGUUCCUUUGGAGGUACCAGAAAAUGAAGAAGGAACUGAAGAAGAAGAAAUACAAGAAGAUGGUUAUCAAUGUGUUGUAUAUUUUUGGCAAGGUAGAGAAGCUAGUAACAUGGGUUGGCUUACAUUUACUUUCAGCUUGCAGAAGAAAUUUGAAUCAUUAUUUGGAGAUAAAUUAGAAGUUGUUCGAACAUAUCAACAACAAGAGAAUCUCAAAUUUCUUUCUCAUUUUAAAAGACAUUUUGUUAUUCAUCGAGGCAAAAGGAAAGACCCUAAAAUUAGUACUGCUGUGGAAAUGUUUCAUAUUAGAUCUAAUGGAAGCCCCAUAUGCACACGAUGCAUCCAGGUUACACCUGAUGCUAGUCUUUUAAACUCUGCUUUCUGCUACAUUUUAAAAGUACCUUUUGACAAAGUGAAUAACUCAGGCAUUGUGUAUGUAUGGAUUGGUUCUAAAAGUGAUGAAGAUGAAGCAAAAUUAGCUGAAGAAAUAGCAAACAAACUUUAUGAUACAGAAACUCAUAGCAUUCAAGUUCUUAAUGAAGGAGAAGAACCUGAAAAUUUCUUCUGGGUUGCCCUUGGUGGUAAAAAGCCAUAUGAUAAGGAUGCUGAUUUUAUGAACCAUACAAGACUCUUUAGGUGUUCUAAUGAAAAAGGAUAUUUCUCUAUCUCUGAAAAGUGUUCUGAUUUUUGUCAAGAUGAUCUUGCAGAUGAUGACAUCAUGAUUCUUGAUAAUGGAACACACGUGUUUAUAUGGGUUGGUGCAAAAUGCAGUGAAGUGGAAAUAAAAUUAGCAUACAAAAGUGCCCAGGUAUAUGUACAGAGCCUGCGAGCUAAACAGCAAGGUCAACCACGAAAGCUCAUGCUUACAUUGAAAGGAAAAGAAUCAAAACGAUUCACAAAAUGUUUCCAUGGUUGGGGAAAGCAUAAAACUAUCAUAGAAUGAAAAGUAUAAGAGAGUAGUCAUUUCUCUGUUGAUUCAGAAAAAUAUGAAAUUUUUAUGUGUGAAAAAUUAAAGUAGCGUAAGUUUUGGUGUGAUAUUUUGUAUUAGAUAUUUUUAUAGCAUUUUUAUGUGUGAGUAUUGCAUUAGAAAAAGUUUCACUGGAAAUUCUGUGUCAUGUUCAGUCUAGUAUCUCCAAAACAUAAGCCACAUUUGAAUUACUGCUCUUUUGUAGUUUGAUGUUAUUUUCUGUGGUUUUAUUAGAACAAUGACUGUUUUAUUUUAAACAUUUGUAUAUAAAAUACUGUUUUUGGGAAUUCAAAUUUUACAUAAAUGUCCACUGAUGACAUUUUAGUAAUUUAUUCUCUGAUUACCUUAUAUUAUUCUUGUAAAGAAGUGUAUAUUUUUACAUUAAGCUGUAAAUAAACUUAAAUAUAAGAAAAUAUAUA